CCAACGCAACGGUUUAGAUUCGAAAGUGAUCGUGUUUUUUUUCCCGCCUGCUCCGAUUUUGCGCGUGUGCCGCAGGAUAAUUAUUCCAACUCGUCCGAUCAUCCAAUCAUUCACGUAAUACUUGUAUUCGUGGUUCGAAGGAAAAUGUUAAAUUCUUAAUGCAGUGAAAGCAAACAAUGACUGCUAUUCCAGGGAAAGAAGUGCAGCAUCGUUAGAGUGAUUAAGUUUGAUCGUAGAGAUUGGCCGCAAAUUCGCGGUACGUCGAUUAAUUUCAGUCUAGGGGGAGGAGGAAAAUUCCUUUUGUGCGCGCAACCAAACAACCAAACAACAGCUGAACGGAUCAUCGAUCGGUUUCGUUAUUAUAUUUAGAACGAAAGCGAACGAGUGUUUUGAAGUGUGUUUUGAAAACAACAACAACAGAAGGACCGGCGGUCAUCGUCGUCGCCACCACCACGCCACCAGUCACGGAAGCUGCGAAGAAAAUGGAAAUUGAAGCAAGUGGCUCCUCGUUCGGCGGUGGCUUCCAAUCGAAAGAGAACGAAGUUCCGAUGGUAUCGAUGGACGGCGAAGCUCACCCGGAGAUCACACUGGCCGCAGUCGGAAUGGGAAUUCUUGCCGCCUGUAUCAUCCUGAUCACACUGAUAGCAUACAUUAGCCGAAGAAAACGCCAGCUUUUUGACAAUCUUAAAAACGGUUCCCAACUGUCGGACAACGCUGAUAACAAGUUGAAGGAUCCGGAAAUAUUUUCCGUCUCCGGCCAGCUGGAUUCUCGCAGCAGCUACCGGAGUUCGACGACUACCGUCUGUACGGAUGUGGUGACGCAAAUCUAAACUGUGGUUGUCCGUUUCUGUUUACCUGCGUGCAUGUUGUGCAUUCGGAAUUCGUAGACUGAGAACAGUGUAUAUUUUUCUUUCUAAGCUCUAAUGUAGGAAAUAGGUGUUAAACGUACUAAGCCAAAAGUUUAGUCAUUCUAGCAAGUAGCUAAUUGUACUGUGUAUAUCUUUUUGUAUGGCAUAAUAGUUUGUAAAUGUUGGCCUUUAAAGAAACCAUUAUAUGGUUGCUCACUUAUUGAUUAUAUUGGAAUAAAAAGACAAUA